GAGAGAUCACAAGACCAGCCAUAGACAAUUUUGUUUUAUCAUCUAUUGCUGUCAUCAGGUGAUCGGGAUUGUGAGCUAAAAAUCCUGAAUUUGGGAUAAAACGCAAAUAAAUCUUUACUAAAAAUGUCAGGAAAAGAUAGAUUAGCGAUUUUCCCUUCUCGGGGUGCUCAGAUGUUGAUCAAAGCUCGUUUGGCUGGAGCACAAAAAGGCCAUGGACUCUUGAAGAAGAAGGCUGAUGCCUUACAAGUCAGGUUUCGUAUGAUCCUGAGCAAAAUUAUUGAGACAAAAACCCUUAUGGGUGAAGUGAUGAAAGAAGCUGCGUUUUCACUGGCCGAAGCUAAGUUUACGACUGGUGACUUCAAUCAAGUGGUGCUACAGAACGUCACUAAGGCUCAGAUCAAGAUCCGCUCCAAAAAAGACAAUGUUGCUGGUGUUACACUCCCAAUCUUCGAGUCGUACCAGGAUGGUUCAGACACAUAUGAACUGGCCGGAUUGGCUCGUGGUGGUCAACAACUGGCCAAGCUGAAGAAGAACUUCCAGAGUGCUGUCAAACUGCUAGUAGAGCUGGCUUCGUUGCAGACCUCAUUCGUGACCCUGGAUGAGGUCAUCAAGAUCACCAACAGGCGUGUGAAUGCUAUUGAGCACGUGAUCAUCCCACGACUGGAGCGCACCCUAGCGUACAUUAUCUCCGAGCUUGACGAGCUGGAGCGUGAGGAGUUCUACCGGCUGAAGAAGAUCCAGGACAAGAAAAAGAUCAUCAAGGAUAAGGCAGAAGCUAGAAAAGCCGCACUGAAGGCCGCCGGAAUCGACCAAAGCGACUCUUCCAAUCUUCUCGAUGACACCGAGAACGACAUCCUGUUCUAGACCCCAUAUAGUUCACAAAUAUUCUUUAGUAGACGUGCAGUCAAGUUCCUUCAUAACACGCGAUGUAGGUCAAGUGUGAAAAAAUCGUCGUAACAACGUAUGUGAACGAGUACGUUGGCAACUGCAUUGUAAGGUCAAUGUAGAGUUUUAAGGAUAUUAAAGGAUAUUAUGCCUCUAAUGUAUUAAAUUGUUAUCAACGAAUGAUGCAGUUGAGUGUGACAGACUUUUCUUGAGUGUUUAACCCCCGUUAUUUUCGGUCUCGAAAAAUUGCUUAAUGAAUUUGAGAUCCAAUUAGUUUACUUGACAACUUGACUGCACGAACGUAGGUAUACAGUGUUCAGUAACGUUGUAAAUACUGUAUUGUUGUCAAUGUUAAAGUGUUAAAUCGCGCUUGGAUAUUUAACUUUUCUCUGUAUAACGUUUGAAGUGCAAUGGUAUUAUUAACUAAGUAUUUUCAAUGGACGAUGUCCUCGCUUAGGUAUGAAAGCAUUCCAUCAUAUUUCGUUCUUCAAUAGGCGGUAAUAGAUGAAUUCAUAGCGCUUUAUGAUGCAUAAGUUCUGAAUAAGUACACCCAAAAUGUUAUAGUUUUUUUGAAAUGUUGUUUGGUAUAUAACAGUAUAUUUUAAGUAAGCAAUCAUGUAAAUACAAGUUUGUGAAG